GCGCGGAUUUGACGAUUGAUCACGAUGACGGCUCUUUUCAACUUCCAGUCACUGCUACUUGUGAUUCUGCUCAUAAUCUGUACGAGCAGCUAUGCACACUCAAUCAUGCCCGGAAUCAUGGAUCGGAAUCAGAAUGGGGUCUUUGGGAUCUUCUGGAAAUGUGCAAGAGUUGGAGAGCGGCUCAGCCCGUCUCGAUCUUCUUUGGUGGUU